AUUGCAUUUCACACUCACUGGCAAUUCACAUUUGACAGUGGCGCCUUUGUCUUCUCGAGGUGGCUUCAGAUUUAUAUGGGUGUGGCUCCCAUUUUCUCCACUUCUCUUACUUCCCCCAUUUUCUUCUCUCCCAGCCCAGCUCUAGAGGGAGUGAAGGUCGGUCCGAGCUGCAAAAAUGGAGAAGGCCUUGACCAGAGUGAGCAGCUUAAAGGUCGGGAGCUUGUGGAUUUCAAAGAAAGCCAAGGAGGAACUCGCUAAUAUCACCGACGAUUUCCAAACUUUCUCAAAUACCGUGGAAGAGAAGGCAAAGUGGAUUUUCAACAAGCUAAAAGGAAAGCCAUUGAAGAGCCUGCCGGAAUUACUCCGUGAGUACAACUUACCGCCCGGCCUCUUUCCUCAGAACAUAAUCAGCUACGAAUUUGAUGAAUCCAGGUCCAGGCUGAUUGUGUACUUACCAUCCGUUUGUGAGAUAAGCUUCAAGGAUUCUUCUGUGGUCAGAUAUGCAACACGGGUGAAAGGAACUCUUCAGAGAGGGAAGCUAACAAGCAUUGAAGGAAUGAAGACAAAAGUCCUAGUGUGGGUGAAAGUGACAAGCGUGAUGGUUGAGGGCUACAAAUCUGAUAAGGUCUGGUUCACAGCAGGAGUGAAGAAGUCGAGACCGAAAGAUGCGUACGAUAAGCCCCGUGACGCCGUUAGGGUAGAAGAAUUCUGAUAUUCAAACUAUGGCACAUUGUUAGGCAUCAUUAAGGAUAGCAGGGAAAUGAAUCCUGUGGGUUACAUUAGCUGCAUUUGAAUCUUGUCUCCUUUUAUUAUAGAUAUUGUUUUCAUGAGGAGUGUCCAAACCAGUUGAUCCAUAAAAUGUAAUGCUUCCCAACUUGCUUACCUAGCGGAGCUGAUAGCUUAUGAAGAGACUGGUAGUGUUAAGGGUUACAAUAUUUUUUUAGAGAUAAAUAAAUAUGCAUUUAUUGACUUUU